AUGGUUCAAGCAUCAUUUGGAAAAGAUAUCGAGUCAGCAAAUGGUUCAAAGGAAUCUUCAAAUACCAAACUUCAAAAAGGUGGAUUUCAAAUCGAAGAAUCGACAACCAAAAAAGAAAUAUGGUAUGAAUGGAUCAGAAGUAGGCUUCGUUAUUAUAUGAUUCUGGAAUUGUUGUUUUCGAUUUGUCUCGUGUUGAUUCUAUGGAAACUAUGCUAUAUUUCAUCUCAGAUUUCAAGUAUUCAUUCCGAAUUCCGAGAUUUCAAACUAGAUAUUGAAUCUAAUAGAGCUUCCAAACCAACGGACACUAUUAAUCUGGAUGGAGGAAAUAAGAAAAUAGAAAAAUUUGUAGAACAAGUGAUAAAAGAUAUCAAGAAUCCAUCGAUUGAGAAUAAACAGAAAUCAAAAGAAUAUCCAAAACAAACUACCCCAACUAAAGAUAAUUCAUCUUCGAAUAACUCGGUAUCCCAAAUAAAUGCAGCAAGUCUUAUUCUCGGAGCAAAAGUUGAUUCAAGUCGAUCAUCCAAUUCAGACAAUAAUCCAUCAAUCGGAAGAGAUCAAAGUGGUUAUGUAUUGAUUGAUAGAUCUGAUCCACCAUCAGAUAAAGCAUGGUGUUCGAAUGAGAAGAAUCCAAUUUUGACUAUUGAUUUGGCAAAGUACGUCAGACCAAUUUCAGUGUCUUAUCAACACUCGAAAUGGUCUGGAAUGGUUCCAGAUGGUGCACCGAGAAGAUAUGAUGUACUUGCUUGCCUCGAUUACUACUGUAACAAUCUAGAACCUCUUGUCUCAAAUUGUGAAUAUAGAGCAACUGGAGACAACAAACAAGAACAAUUCUGCUCAAUUCCAUUCAAUCGAAAUCAUUCUUCAAUUGGAAAAGUUCAAUUUCAUUUCCGUCAAAAUCAUGGAAAUGUCAUUAAAACUUGUGCUCAUACGAUUCGAGUCUACGGAGAGACGAAAGUUAAAGAGAUGACUCGGAAACAGGCAACUUGUUCUGAACUCACUUAUGACUACCAUCAUAACCCGUGGAUUUACAAAAUAUUGGACAACAAGAAUUGCAAGGUACUUUACUCGAAUGACUGCUGUACUGAAUGUCCGGAAUGCUGCGAUGAAUGUGUUAUUAAAGAUAUCAACUUUGACGUCCACGUGGCGAAUCGACAGAGAAGACAAUCUGAACAGGAAAGAGGAAAUGAUUUCAGUAUGAAAGGAGAUGAAAGCGAAAAGGAAAACGAGAAGAAUGAAGGGAGGAUAGGAGGAAAGAAUAUGGAAAGUAAAGAUGCAGAAGACAUCAGCGAUGAUGAGAUUCUGAAUGGAGUUCUCGAGGAACGUGACGGUUCUGCUGGCUAUGAGCUCUUCGAUUAG